AUGGUUAGGGGAGGUGAAUGUUUCGUGAGCCCACAUCACUAUAAGCCCUCCCCUGUAACAAAACCCACUCUAGCCUCGGAUUUGCUUGACACUCCAUUGAAGAAGACGCAGAUCUUCGUGAAAACCCUAACAGGGAAGACUAUAACCCUUGAGGUUGAAUCCAUCGAUACAAUCGACAAUGUCAAGGCUAAGAUUCAGGAUAAGGAAGGCAUCCCUCCGGACCAGCAGCGUUUGAUAUUUGCUGAGUCCACUCUGCACCUUGUUCUGAGGCUUCGCAGUGGGAUUAUUGAACCUUCUCUUAUGGCUUUGGCCCGGAAAUACAACCAGGAAAAGAUGAUUUGCCGCAAAUGCUAUGCGCGUUUGCACCCUUGUGCUGUCAAUUGCAGGAAAAAGAAGUGUGGCCAUAGCAACCAGUUGAGGCCAAAGAAGAAGAUCAAGUAAACAGGUUCUCAGCACAAUGGAAGGGAGAAAGAUCAACUGUGAAUAAAGUUCCUCCUAUUCUCUGCACACAACCUUGGCUCCAUUAAUGUGAGUAAGAAAACAUAGACUUUUUUGUUGAUCGAAGUUCUACCUGUUUACUCCUUUGAAAGUAUUGAUGUAUAUGUUGAGUUCACAAUUCCCACCACUUAGAAUUUUCACAUGACAGAUCGAAGGAAUCACCUGGGCCUACAGCAUACCAGUGUUCAGGUGAUCCUAAGGAACUGUCUCCUAAUU